AGCCCCAAGGCCCAUAUAUUUUGUUACCUUUCAAAUUUCUUUUAUCUAUUCGUUUGUUUCUUCCUCUCUGCAGUAGGCAGCCUCUCGGUUUCUCACCAACCCAAGGUAAAAAUAUGGGUCUGUCUUUUGCUAAGUUGUUCAGUCGGUUUUUCGCCAAGAAAGAGAUGCGAAUUCUUAUGGUGGGUCUUGAUGCUGCUGGUAAGACAACAAUUCUGUACAAACUCAAGCUCGGAGAGAUUGUCACUACCAUUCCCACUAUUGGGUUUAAUGUGGAGACAGUAGAAUAUAAGAACAUUAGCUUCACUGUUUGGGAUGUUGGUGGUCAAGACAAGAUUCGGCCUUUGUGGAGGCACUACUUCCAAAAUACUCAGGGGCUAAUCUUUGUUGUCGAUAGCAAUGAUCGUGACCGUGUGGUUGAGGCCAGGGAUGAGCUUCAUCGUAUGCUGAAUGAGGAUGAGCUGAGGGAUGCUGUGCUGCUUGUAUUUGCUAACAAGCAAGAUCUGCCAAAUGCUAUGAAUGCUGCUGAGAUUACUGAUAAGCUUGGUCUUCACUCCCUCCGACAGCGCCACUGGUAUAUCCAGAGUACAUGUGCUACCUCUGGCGAAGGGCUGUACGAGGGACUGGACUGGCUCUCCAACAACAUAGCUAACAAGGUAUGAGGGUCGGUUGAACCUCAGUAAUAUCUCAGGCAGCGAUCGGAGUUAUUUUCUGUUUCCUUUAAAGUUCUACAUGAAAAUGUAUUAGAUUGUGUUAUAUAUAUAUAUAUUCACUGAACUGGAAACUAUGUCAUCAUUUGGCCUGCCUUGUAGAUUGAUUUCUCAAAUAAUAUGUUUAUUGUCGAGAGAUUUUAACGCUUUGCAUC